CCUAAUCCUAAUUAAGCCGUGGGUCGGUUAACAAGAAAGAAAAAGCAAUCAGCAAAAUCCAGAUUAAUUUUCAUAAUUCAAAUUUGACAUUUUGAUUCUUUGGAAACCCUAAAACAAGAAGAGAAUGGCGACUUUAAUUGUUCCUCCCAAUCUGUCUUCCCCUAGAGAUGACGCUAUUCAACUCCACCGCGCUUUCAAAGGAUUUGGGUGCGACACUGCUGCUGUGAUUAAUAUACUGGCUCAUCGAGAUGCAUCUCAGCGUAUGCUCAUCCAACAUGAGUACAAAACAAUGUACUCUGAGGACAUUUUUAAGCGCUUGUCUUCAGAACUCAGUGGCAAAUUGGAGACAGCUGUUCUUCUUUGGAUGCACGAUCUACCUGGGCGUGAUGCAAUAAUUGUUCGGCAAGCAUUGCUUUCAGGGUCGUUGAAUCUUGAAGCUGCAACAGAAGUAAUCUGUUCUCGCACCCCUUCCCAGAUUCAGGUGCUUAAGCAGCAUUACUAUGCAAAAUUUGGGGUUCAUAUGGAACAUGAUGUCAGCUCACGUGUAUCUGGGGAUCAUAAAACUCUCUUGCUUGCAUAUGCGAGUAUUCCUCGCUAUGAAGGUCGGGAAGUUGACAAUGUGACGGCUCAGAGUGAUGCAAAAGCUCUUUAUAAAGCUGGAGAGAAGAAAUUAGGAACCGAUGAGAAUACUUUCAUCCGCAUAUUCAGCGAACGGAGUGGAGCUCAUUUAGCUGCUGUAGAUUAUGCUUAUCACAACAUGUAUGGAAACUCUCUAAAAAAGGCUAUAAAGCGUGAAACAUCAGGACUUUUCAAGUAUGCUUUAUUGACAAUUUUGCAAUGCUCUGGAAUUCCAGCACAGUACUUUGCAAAGGUACUGCACAAGGCGAUGAAAGGCCUAGGUACGAACGAUACCACCUUGAUAAGGGUAAUAGUUACGAGGACUGAGAUUGAUAUGCAAUAUAUAAAAGCUGAAUACCUGAAGAAGUAUAAAAAGACAUUGAACAAUGCAGUGCAUUCAGAAACGUCAGGGCAUUAUCGAGCAUUCCUUCUUGAGCUUUUGGGCCCCAAUCAUUAGUGAUAUAUAAAGUUCACCCCUGAUUGAAUCUUGUGGUGAAGAGACAAUUUAAUUCUGUAAAUGCUUGUGUUUGUGUACAUAUUGUGUAAUGUGUAUAAUGUUUGAUAGUAUGAUUGGUUUAUAUGUAUUGGUGUAUAGAGUACAAAUUAAUAGUAUGAUUGUUGUAUACGUAUUGGUGUAUAAUGAGAGAAUAUCCAUGUACUUGUGUGGGUUGAUGCCAGAUUUCUCAUUCUCACAAUUUAAGGAAAAUACUACGGUUAUUUUGUUUUUAA